GUUUCAGUGACAGAUAAAAUAAGAACACUCAAGGCUUAAAGUCAAACUGUUGUUGCCGUUGAAGAUAUAUAGCCUAACACGAAAAUUCAACAGUUUCAAGGAGCUCCUCCACCAUGAAUCUCCCAGAGAGGAGGAUUGUUCUGCUUGGAAAAACCGGUACUGGGAAGAGUGCAACAGGAAACACCAUCCUGGGUGGGACAAGUUUCCAUUCUGAACUGAACUCGUCCUCUGUAACAUGUAAAACAGAAAUGAAGCAGGCAGCAGUAGAUGGGAGGGAUGUCCGUGUGGUUGACACUCCAGGACUGUUUGACACAACGCUUACUGCUGACGAAUUAGCAAAGGAGAUUGGUACGAGCAUCUAUGAGUCUAGCCCAGGGCCUCAUGCCUUCCUCAUAGUUUUACGAGUGAAUGACAGGUUCACAGAGCAGGAGAAACAAGCUAUUGAAACUCUAGAGAGUGUGUUUGGGUCAGGACUGGCAAAGCACUCCAUCAUCCUCUUCACCCAUGGAGAUGCUUUAGAGGGUAACGUUAUAGAGAAGCUGAUUGGUGGGAACAGUGACCUCAGUAGAGUGAUAGAGCAGUGUGGGGGGAGGUACCAUGUUCUCAACAAUAAAGCCAUAGGAAACAGAGUUCAGGUCACAGAGCUGAUGGAGAAGAUAGACAGAAUGGUGGAGGACAUUGGAGGAAUCUGCUUCACCAAUGAUAUAUUUGCAGAUGUAAAGGGAUUGAGCUUCAUUGAUUUUUUAAAGAAACACUGGAAAUGUCUUGCUUUUUCCGCACUGCUACUUGUAAUGAAAUGUAAAAAAAUGUAGUACAACCUCAAUACUGAUAACGCUUUUAACGCAGCAAGUAUACUCAAAACCGUUUAUUGUGCAUUCAUUUUGUUUGGAGACAUCUUUCACCACAUAACAAUUUAUCCAAAAUAUACGUUUACUGUAAAAUACCAUGAGAACAUUGAUUUAAUCACCAAAACACAAGAUAAUGGAAUCUUCUCAAUUUAGUUUUUUUAACAGCCAGUUAAUCCAAUAGCAAUAAAUGCAAGAUACAUGUUUAUAACUUGCCUUUUGAAUGUAAUGUGCUAGAUCCUGUAGUUCCGGCCUGUUAAAUAUCAAAGAAAAAUUAUACAAAAUAUUUUGUUUGGGGAAGUGAAAAUUGCAUGAAUAUUUUUUGUUAUUGUUAAAUCUACUUUUAAAGACUUAUUUUUUCUUCUG